UGUGUGUGUUGUCAGCUGACUGGCAGCAUCUCUGGCAGCCGUCACAACACUGUGCUGCUUGUUGACAGUUAGCUAGCAGCUACUAGCCAAGGCUUUACAGUCGGACCGGGGGGGGGUGGGGGGUUAUGUUUCCCGGAGCCAGAACCGUAGACGGAGGUUAGGGCACCACCAACUCAUGGCGGCCGAAAUUCAACCCCAACCGCAGGCUCGGAAGCCAUGUCUACUCAGCAAAAUCGAAGCUUUCCAAGACGUUGUGAGCACGGCGGUCAUCAUUCCCAAGGAAGACGGCGUUAUCAGCGUGUCCGAAGACAGGACAAUUCGGGUAUGGCUAAAGAGAGACAGUGGCCAGUACUGGCCCAGUGUCUACCACACUAUGUCAACAUCAUGCUCCUGUAUGUCCUUUAACCCAGAGACAAGGAGGCUGUCCUUGGGGAUGGAUACUGGAAGUAUCUGUGACUUCAUCCUGUCAGAAGACUACAAUAAGAUGACCCCAGCAAGCACCUACCAGGCCCAUCAGGGCAGAGUGACCGUGGUCCUGUUUGUGUUGGAGAUGGAGUGGCUUCUGAGCACCGGUCAGGACAAAAAUUUCAACUGGCACUGCUCAGAAAGCGGCCAGCAGCUGGGGACGUAUCGUACCGCCGCCUGUGUUUCAGGACUACAGUUUGAUGUGGAGACCAGACACGCCUUCGUAGGGGACCAGUCUGGUCAGGUGACCAUCCUGAAGCUGGAGCAGGACAGCUGCAGCCUGGUCACCACCUUUAAGGGACACACUGGUAAUGUGACGGCGCUGUGCUGGGACCCGGUCCAGAGGGUGCUGUUCUCCGGCAGCUCAGACCACUCCAUCAUCAUGUGGGAUAUCGGAGGGCGCAAAGGCACCGCCAUCGAAAUGCAAGGACACCAUGACAAGGUUCAGGGCUUGUGCUACGCCUCACACACUCGUCAGCUUAUCUCCUGCAGCUCAGAUGGAGGCAUCGUCAUCUGGAACAUGGAUGUUACACGACAAGAGACCCCAGAGUGGUUGGACAGUGACUCCUGUCAGAAGUGCGAGCAGCCUUUCUUCUGGAACUUCAAACAGAUGUGGGACAGCAAGAAGAUCGGCCUGCGACAGCACCACUGCAGGAAGUGUGGCCAGGCAGUGUGUGGCAAAUGUUCGUCCAAACGCUCCACCAUCCCCCUCAUGGGCUUCGAGUUCGAGGUGCGUGUGUGUGACAGCUGCCACGAGUCCAUCACUGACGAGGAUCGAGCGCCCACAGCCACCUUCCACGACAGCAAGCACUGCAUUGUUUACAUGCACUAUGAGCCCACCACUGGGAAUCUGCUCACCUCUGGCACCGACAAGGUUAUCAAGCUAUGGGACAUGACUCCUGUGGUGUCCUGAGACCUGUGGGCGACCAGCGGUCGGCAGGAAACUCCGUUCACCUCUGUUUGCCGGUCGCGCUUGAAAGAGAAAGAGAGAAGCAUAUCCAACAAUAUCGAUGUCAUCGGGAUAAUAUUUAACAGUUAUUCAACAACAAGCAGUGGCUGUUUCGUGUUCACAGUGAGGACACUGCAGGCCGGUGAAGCCUGGGAACAGGACAGGCCUUGGUUGACACAAGGUUACAGACGGUUGUGGGUGUUUGUUUGUGUGAAGGGUGCUGUUUGGUGGGGGAUCUCUCUGUGUGUAUGUGUGGGAGUGUCUGUGUUGUAUAAGAUUGUGUUGGUAGGGUGGAAGAAUUUGACUUUAUAAGUAAUUGACACACUUUAUUUACUUAAUUUUCAUGCAUUCCUGAAGCUUUUCAGACUGGAAAUUCCCGAAACAGUAAGUGAAAUAUUUCUGCACUGUCAGUGGAUACCGUGAUACCCACACUUUAUAUUUUGUAGAUGUGAAGCACGUUAUGGAACUGGACUAACUCACUCACAAACUCAAACUCACUCAUUCACGUGUAGCAGGCUGUAGUUUUGCCACAUGAGGAAGCUGUUUGAUCAGUUCUACACCUGCCAACCUGCACCACCUACAGGAAAAGAAAGUAACAGCAGCCGCAGUUUAGACUUGAGCUGCAUUUUUUUGUAUUCUUUAUCCCUUGAAGAGCACUUGUCAACUGCUGUUUAUGGUCAAGAAUUAAUUUAAACUCAUCGAAUGUAGUUAGGACCCCCUCUUUCUGCCUGCAAAGUAAUAUAUAUAUAUAUAUAUAUAUAUAUAUAUAUAUAUAAACUACAUUUGUUGCCUGCAGGUGUCAACACUGUUGAAGCUGUUGCAGGUCUUGCCUGUAGAUGGUGCUGAUGAGCAUAUUUAGUCUAUCUGCAGCUCUUAAUUUUCUUGCUAAUGGUUGGUUGGCACAGGUUGGACUGAAACCACAUCUCUGCAACUGUAAACCAUCAGCUGAUCCUGGUUUGAGGUGCUUCACAUCACCUACACUGUGUGUUCUUGUUAUCAUGUUAAGAGGCAAAGAAAUCACGCAAUCCCACACGUCAAACUUAUAUCAGUAACAUUUGAUUGGGCACAGUUUCAGCUCCAGCCCAUGUGACACUGAGGAAACUAUUCAUUUAAGUUCCUUAAAUAAGUCCAUUACUUGAGUGUCUGUGUAGGCUUCUGCACCUCAUAUCAACCACUAGAGAAGAGGACCUUCGAGACAUUAGAAGCAUUUUUAAUCAACACCUAUCCUGUUCAUCUAAAUUUAUAUCAGAGGGGGGUGGAAGGCCCCAAAUGUAUGGAGCAUGUCAUUUUGAAAUUGUAAUUUACUUUCUACUGUACUCACAGUGGGCCAGGUGUGUACACAUGGAGGCCUCUAAACUGCAUGUUAUCUGAAUAUCCAUUCUGUUUUUUUCCAGUGUUUGGCUGAACAACCAAAUGUUCUCUCUCCUAGUAGCUACUGUUGAUGCACCCAGUCCACUGAGUGUUCCAAAAAAAAAUGGAUAUCAAGCAAACCUCUUAACCUUACAAAGUUGGUCCUGCAGCAAAACAUUGUUCAGACCCACAGAACUUUAUUUGAAUUCUAGUAGAGACUCAAAAUAUGUCAGGCUAAAAUUUGGGGAAAGGUGGACAUGAAGUCUUACAGUAUACAGCUUCCAUAUCCUGAUAUGGAAUAUAUCUGAUACUGUCAACCUCUGUGGGGAAAAGUUUUCUUAUCACUCAAAGAAAAUGUAAGUGGAAAAUCAAAAGUUUAAGAGGUUAGACCAUUACAGAGGACAUUGAUUUUUAGUGAAGACCUUUGUCACGAUGCUAUAAUAAAACAGUGUUUGGAUUUAGGCAAACACUGGUUUAGUAAUCUGUAAAUUAAACAAUCAGACUGCUUGCUGAUCCUUGUACGUUCUCUACUGUCGGCUGUUUUAUGAGAUUAUUUAUUAUUCAAGUCUUAAUGUUUCUGACAUGCAAACACACAUAGCAUUAAGCUAAUCAGUGGCAGCAUGCACAUACAUGUGUCAGGACUAAAAGGAAAUAAUGAACAUUUGAUAUUUUUGUCAUUGUUACUGUCACAAUACUGUAUACUGACUUGUGAUAUGUCAAAGCACUGGAAUCAAGAAACAAAGAUGUGUCACAAAUCGCUGCUGUGAAGAGAAAAUAUGUUUGUUUUUAAUGAUUAUUAAGUUUGUGCUUUAAUGAUCAGAUGGUAAUUACAUUGAAUACUUAUAUUCAAACCCCACUGAACAUUUUCCAAAGAUGUGUAAUUUUCGAUUGAUAAAAAGGUUAUGUUAAAGACUUUAUCCAACAGUGGAUAAAUUAGAAAUUGUAGGCUUGACUGUUCAUGAAACACGUUUGUCUGUACUUUCACAGCUACCCAUAAAGGUACAUUUAUUAUAGCAGCUGUUAAAUCAUGAAUGUGAGCCUGUGGGUAUUAAGAAACUUAAAGGACCAUACCAGUGUUUUUAUCUGAGUUUUCAGCUCCUUAACUACAAAUCAUGUAUAUUUCUCUUGUUUUGCAGACUAGUUUUAAAUGCAUGGUGGACACUUUAGGAUGUAUUUUUUCAAUCAAUUCCAAUAAGCUGUUGGUUUCCAACUAAUUGAUUGUCACUCUUUACUGAAAUUAAUGUAAAACACAUCAGCUGCCUGGAAUAGUGGUUGAAAAAAACACCCAGAAAACUAAAACACAAUAGCUUGUUUUACAUACUUGUGAUCAUGUGAAGUGCAUGUGAUUUAAAUGUGCAAAAAUGUGCAAAAUCAACUUUAAACGUAAAAAACCCAGACUACACAAAGGCAUUAGGUAAACAAUACGUAAACUUAUAUUCCAGUCAAAAUGAAUUAAUCAAUCUGAGGCCAGUGGUCUAUUUUUCUGUUGCAGGAAAGAUAACAGACGUUGUGUGUUUCAGUGCGUCCAUUAAUGUAACCAUGUACAUGUAUGUAUAAAUGACAUUAAAAGAGCAGGGCCACCUACUCGACCAAUUGUGA